UGUGGAGCUGCAAUGGAGGGAGGAAUUUUUUGUCUCUCUGAAGGGAGGGUUUAAGGAAUAAUGAAAACUUCUGCUUAUAAUUCUCAUGAAUGCUUUAUUUUCAACAUGUACUGCUUCUUGCUUCUCCUAGUGGUUCUCACAAGUCUAAGAGCCUGGAGGAAAACUGCUGGGCCUCACGAAUUUAUGGAGUCACCAAGAUGGACAGUGCUUCAGAUCAUGACCAACCAGGCUGCCAUAGAGGCAUGCUCCCCGUCCCUCUAAGCUGGUUGUACCUUCUAAUCUGGUUUCCAGCAGCUGGCAUUCCUGGUGUUGCUGUCCCCCGGCCAGCAUACAUAAACAGCUUGGGACCGCCCACCCACAUACAGUGUGAACACCGGUUUCAGACAUCCACAGCGACUCAGCUGGAUUUUCCUAGCAGCUUUUCCUUAACCUUUGCUAAAAAUGAAUGUGAUCUGCUUAAUUACAAUCAAAUGUCCCACUAUCUACUCAUCUGUGAGUUGCAUAUAAUUACAAACACAGUGGUGCGUGAUGUGCGUCUACACACCAUGGGGCCAGAUUUUCGAGUGUGCAGUGCUGACAGUUGGGGUCAGACACUAAAAAAAAGCAUGGUUCCAAAUACUUGGAUACUAAACUCUUUUGAAAAUCUAGGCCUGUGUAUCAGUGUAUACUUGUAUAUAUGCACUGUAUUGUUGUCAACAGCUACUGUACAUGCUACAACCCUUUGGAGCUCCCAAGCCCAUGUUUUGCCCCUAGCCACUCCUUUAAAAUCGCUCAUGGGGCAGAAUACUUCUUCCCCUCCUCCAUUCUAGCUAAAAGAGAACUUUAAAAAUAAUUACACCCCUCACAGGCUUUCAAAAGCAUAGCUUUAUUCUGUGUUCUCUGUAGCUGCAGAUAACAACAGAGCCACCAUAAAUGACAUCCAUUUACUGUUUCUGGUAUGCAUCACAGGCACACAGAAUAUGCUUCUAGAAGCUCUGUAAGUAAUUCUUACGACAGAAACAAACUGUACUCUAAGUUUUUUCAUUCCAAAUCUGCAAAAGGGAAAGCAUAAAAUUACUAUAUCACAACAAACAUCACAUAAAAUUUCUGUGCUUUGCAGCUGUAAUACAAAAGCUACCUAUUGGCUUCCACUAAGGUUGAAAACAACCAGUGACUUCCACUGCAAUUUUUCAUGCUCUUCCAGUAAAACUAUGAUUUGGAAACUUCUUAUGCUUCCCUAAAGAUGAUUUU